CCUUGUUUUGCCCUUUUUGGCCCAAUGUGAAAUGUGCGUGCUGUUGUUGAUUUUCUCGUUCGCGGUGUAGGGUUGUUCAUGCAUCCUUGAUCUUCCUUCUCCAUUCUCCGUUUCCUUUUCCUUGGUGGCACUGUUUGCAGACGCGUGCUCAGUACUUGUUUGAAGGAAUGCCGCGUUCGAAGGCUGUUCUUUUGCUAAGGUAGCUUAGUUCAUAGACGCGUGCUCCACAAUCAUUCGAAGAUAUGCCGCAGCGACAAGUCCACUCUUUCUGAGCUAAUUCUGCUGUUUCUAUAAGUAGGUUGCAGAUUUGUUCUUGCUUGUCCGCCCUUGGCUGGCUCAGUUUCACUGAAGGGUGCUCGGUGAUCGUUUGAGUGAACGCCAGCAUGACGAGCUUGGGUCUUGGAAGCGUCCUUCACUUUGGGAAUUCCAUUGGAGCCUCGUAUUUUGGUAGGAGUAGCAGCAUGCUGCUCUGUCAUCGCAGAAAGCGCUUCAGUUCUUCUCCACUUAUAACAAUGGCUCAACAAGCAAAUGAACAAUUGUUGGUGGUGGUAGGUGGUGGUGCGUCUGGAGUCUAUGCUUCACUAAGAGCUAAAUUUAUAGCGCCACAUCUUAAUGUGCUGGUUAUUGAGAAGGGGAAGCCAUUAGCGAAGGUUAAAAUUUCUGGUGGAGGCCGAUGUAAUGUAACAAAUGGGCUUUUUUUUGACUCAGCGGGACUGACGGAUAAUUAUCCUAGAGGAAAUAGAGAACUGCGGGGUUCCUUUUUCAAUAUUCAUGGACCAAAGGACACAAUACGCUGGUUCUCUGAUCGUGGAGUUGAGCUUAAGACGGAAGAGGAUGGAAGAGUUUUCCCCGUCAGCAACAGCUCAGCAUCUAUAGUGGAUUGCCUUCUCAGUGAAGCAAAAAGUCGUGGAGUUGUACUGCAGAUUGGAAAAACCGUUUCAGAUGUGUCAUUGAUUGAUGGUGAACAGUUUCUUCUGAAGGUGGAGAAACGCACUAUGAAUUUUGUUGAAUACAUUAAAGCUGAUUAUGUACUAAUGGCCACGGGUAGCAGCCAACAGGGUUACAAAAUUGCUGCGCAACUUGGUCAUUCUAUCAUAGAUCCAGUACCUAGCUUAUUCACAUUUAAAAUUGAGGACACACAAUUGCCAAGUUUAUCUGGGGUCACAUUCCCAAGAGUUAAAGCAAAGUUGAAAUUGAAAAGUAUCCAGAAAAACUUACCUGAAUAUACACAGGUUGGACCUAUGCUAGUAACCCACUGGGGUCUUAGUGGGCCUGUAAUUCUCCGCUUAUCUGCUUGGGGAGCACGCGAACUCUUCCUUUCCAAUUAUACAGGAAUACUUUUGGUAGACUUUGUACCUGACAUUCAUUUAGAGGAUGUGAAGUACAUCCUUUGCCAGCACAAAGACCAGCUUGCAAAAACUAAGGCAUGUAAUUCGUUUCCUACAAAGUUCAACUUGGUAAAACGAUUUUGGAGAUAUUUACUGGAACGCGAGGGUUUAGAUGCAGAUAUAUUAUGGGCUUCUAUUUCAAAUAACCAUUUGAAUUCCAUAGCUCUAUUGUUAAAGCAAUGCCCAUUUGGAAUAGCAGGAAAAGGUCAAUUUAAAGAUGAAUUUGUCACUGCUGGAGGUGUUCCACUAUCUGAGGUAUCAAUUAAUACCAUGGAAAGCAAGAUAAGGCCAAACCUAUUCUUUGCAGGGGAGAUAUUAAAUGUAGACGGAAUUACUGGUGGAUUUAACUUUCAGAAUGCUUGGAGUGGUGGCUACAUUGCAGGGACAAGAAUUGGCGAACUGGCAUCAAGACAGCCAGUGAAAGGAAAUUCUGUGAAAGAAACCUGAUACCUCCAAAAUGAUUUGCAUAGUCAACACGAUCCAAGUUAAAAGGAGUAUACAUCUGGGUGCAAAGAUUUCAAAGCUGCAACUGGGGGAUCUUUCAUGAAAGUGCUACUUCUUCACUGGAUGCCUCCUGGUCCACAAGGUUGUGUAUAGCAAGCCAUCAGUGUUCGGCCAACUUCCUAGCAUCGGCAUUACACCAAUUAUCAGCUUUCUAAUGCCUCAAUGAAUUCUCUCUAUGUAUCAAGGAGAACUCAGAAAUGAGUGUUCGAGCUUGAUUCAAAGGCUUCUUAAUAUAUAUGACUAACAAGAGCAUCUUGUUAGCAGUGGUUUACAGAUCCCUCCUCAUGUGGUGGCACUUAGUUUGGGAGCUCAUGAGUACUGGAAAUGAAAUAUGAAUAUGAAACCAAAACUACUGGUGAAUUUGGUUGAGUAAAUUGGAUACUGCUUCUUUGUCUUGUGGGAUUUAAUUUAUCCUUUGGACCAAUUCUGGGCUCUUAGCACUUCCAGUAGGUUAGUAAUAAGUCUGAUGGUUUCUGUUCUGCCUCUAAUGGUUGUUGCAUUAUCUUUACCUGUAUAAUUGACAUCUUUAUGCAGAUGUAUAUUUUAUUUGUAGUAAGUUAUUGUUGAAGUUAUUUUUUAUUAAAUAUGCGUAAUAAAUUUUCUUUUUCUGCACUGCACAAUCACCUUAUAUAUAUAUAUAUAUAUAUAUAUAUAUAUAUAUAUAUAUAUCAGAGUACCUAAGUGGAAAAGUAAGAGAACUGAGGUACUAAUAUGCAAGAAGACCCCUUAUCUAAAUAUAACGGGAUGGGAGGCUCCUCCUUCCUCUGUUGCUGCUUCUUCCGUGUUCAUUUAUGUCUAUUAAUCCAUUCCCCUCAUCUCUGAAGAGCUCCGUAGGCAGCAAGAGCACUACCGUCGGGUGCGGGACCGGUGGCGGCCGCGAGGGCGGCUCCUUCAACCACCAUGACGAGCGGCGCGGAACCCUCUGCUCCUCCUGGGUCAGCCGCCUGCACCCGAGGCGCGCCGCGCCGCCGCCACCCGCCAGGAGGAAGCUCCCGUUUACCGAGGACCCUGGCGCCCCCAUCAACGUCGGGGACAGCAGCGGCGUCGUCAGCUACAACAAACACACUACCUCCACCGACGAGUCCCGCACCCCGGCCUCGAUUUCCACCCUCCACUCGUCCUUCUUUGCCCGCCGCUACCCCAGUCUGUUCGAGCGGAGUCCCGCCGGCGUGAUCCCGCCUCGGAUCGCGUACUACGACGGAGGAGACCGGUCUGUCAGUGGCUUCGGUCCCUAUCGGAUUAGGUCAAGAAGUGCUCCGAUUCGUCGGAGAGGACAGCGGGGCGGCCGAGAGGUUGGUGAUGAGAGAAAUCUUGGAAGGAGAGAUCAUGGCGAGGGUGGUGGUUUUUGUCCUCCGUUUCGGAGGAUGCCUCGCCUCGGGGAAGAAUCGGAUGGGGAGAGGGGAAUACUCGGUUCUUGUCUCGGACGGCAGCUCGGCUCUGUUCAAGCUGAGAUAAAAGUGGAUCAGGUGAAUGUGUUCUUUCCGUCGAGGAGAACGUCUGAUGUCCCCAAUCAGGUGAAAUUAUCUCCAUUCUUUCAGUUCCGGUCAUCGUUUUACUCCGAUUGCUCGAUUGAUCGGAGCAAAGGAACAAUGGCACAUCCGAUGGACGGUGGAAACACCAAAAUUUUGGAUAAUCGAAAUCAAAUGAGACCCCCAAGUAAUGAAAAUUGGCAUCCUCCAUUGCAUAUGUCUUGUUUUCCGCCACGGGAAGUGGUUGAUGAUUUUUCAUCAUCGAGAUCGUAUGAGGAACACAUACCUGUUGAUCCAUGGUGUGCCUGUGAUUCUGUUCAGCAGGUAUCAAGAAGCAGAGGUGCUCAUCUUCGUGAUGGUGCUGAUGCUGCUGCUCCAGUUAGAACAUCAUAUGACCCCAUCGGCUCGCAUCAGACUACGACAACAAACCUUCUUGGGGAAGCUACCGUUUGCAUGAAUGAGCCAAAAGAACGUUUUUCAUUCUGGAAUAUCGGGAGAUUCGAGCGAAGAAACACCGGCUCUUCUGUCUCUCCAACCAUUACUAUGGCGAGCAAUGCGAACGUGAAGAGAAGUGCAAAGUUCAAUGAAUCAAUUCCUCCAAAGUAUAGAAAGCUGGGUAAUAAAGAUUAGUGUUCCGGUGUCGGGUGACAGUGUGCUUGCUAUAUUUCAAAAUGCAUGGAAUGGAACAUAUGAUGCAUCAAGAAGAUGCAUCAUCUCUGUGGAGGAUCCUAUCGAGCAUACGACGUACUGCUUAUGGGCUUUAAAUGAUCUCACGGAUCUCAUUCCGAAAUGAUUUCUGCAGCUCAUCUUUGUCAAUCUGUGUACGUUUUGUAGUAGUAGCCAUAAGAUGAUGCAGUGUUUGCGAUUGCAUCAGAUGUAAAUUAAGCGACUUUUACGUCGGCUUGUGUGAAUUAACUUGUAAUUUUACUUUUCUUGUGUGCUAUUUUGCUUGUGCUGAGGCGUUGCUUGAGAAUCCUAUUUUGGGGUGCAGCAACAACAUUUCAUGAAGUGCAUUCGACUUUGUUUA